AUGUCAUCAUCAAAUAUGUUAAUAUCAGCAUUAUCACCAGAUUCAAUUUUAACUCUCUAUCCACAAUAUUAUCAUAAAGAUCAAGCAUAUAAUUCAAGUUUAAGUGUAAUAAAUUGUGAUUGUCAAGAAAAUCCAUAUUGUAUUCAACAAUCAAUUGUUUAUGAUUUGGAUGGAUCUACUAGACUUUUUCCUGUCCCAGGCGUUUACGUUGGUUGUUAUUUAGUUGAGGCUUUAUUACAAAGUAAUUUGCGUUGUUUGUAUGAUGAUCUUUGUCUACAAGAAUUAAUAAAGUCGCUAAAAUUAUCAAUCAAUAGUUCUUCUCUAUCAAAUUCGAGUUCAGUAUAUGGAACCUCUUAUGAAGAUUAUUUUAAUGAAUGUCAACCCGAAGAAUGUUCAGCAACAUAUGUCCAUCGAGAAAAUGUUGUAUAUAUAAUAACAACAAUGACUGGAUUGAUUAGUGGACUAACGAAAGUCUAUUUAUUCACUGUACCCUUAUUGGUAAAUAUGAUUUUUCCUCUUCUUAUUCGAUUAAAACGAAAUGGACUAUUCAAUAACCGAGUAGCACCAUUAGAAACAAUAGCAAGCAAUGCUGAUGGUUCAGUUUGA